AUGGCAAUAACAGCACCAGGUCCAGAAGAAGUAGUAGAAGCAAUCGGGGAGCCCCUCCAAUACAAGACAUGGUUCUUGAAAGUCUCCAUCCACUGUGAAGGCUGCAAAAGGAAGGUCAAGAGAAUACUCAACAGCAUUGAAGGUGUCUAUAAGGUUGAUGUAGACACCAAGCAGCAAAAAGUAGUGGUAACAGGCAACAUAGAUGCAGACACUUUGAUCAAGAAGUUAGUGAAAGCAGGCAAACACGCUGAAUUAUGGCCGAUAAAAGGGAAGAAACCCCCGAAAGAAAAGAACCCAGAUAAACAAAGUGAAACAGAAAGCAGUGACGAAGAACCCGAUCGAGACGAAAAGCCCCCGGUUCUAGAAUCUGCUAAUAAUAAUAUUCUCGAAGUUAAAGAUCCAAGUUUUGAAGCCAAGAAGCCCCCAGAGAAUGGAUCAACCCAACCGCCACCACAAGGCACUGGAGCUAAAAAAAAGAAAAAGAAAAAACGCAAGAGUCACAAGGUCGGAGGACAAGGAGAAUUAUUAGGUGCGCCCCCACCCGGUUCAAUGGGCCCACCUCCUUCGAACCCGGGGCCACCGCCAUUGAACCUAGGCCCACCUCAGAUGAAUCAGAUCCCUCCACAUUUUCAAGGGCAUCAAUUCCUACCGCCUAUGAAUUAUUUUGAUGCACAACCACAAGUGUAUGUUGCUAGUAGCACAGCCCAUCCCACUAUCACAAUGAUGACGUCACAUUAUGCCUCUCAACCGUCGCAAUCUUACAUGUAUAUGCAUCAGGGUUUCACGUACGAAAAUUCAGGGGCAGAAGAGUCAUUGGCAUCCGACCUAGAGACGCCCUCGAAAUCAUCAUUGUAUUCAUUUGAGUUAUUAAGCGAUGAAGAUCCCAAUGGGUGCACAAUUAUGUAA